GCCGAUACCGGAGGAAGGAAAAGGUUUCGUGUACAAAGUGUAGGAGCCGUCAGCUGUGCGACUUCAUCAUCAUCAUGUUAUAUGAAGGUGUUUUCAAGUUUAAGUAAAGCUAAACGAGUCCCCGUCAAUGUGGGAAACUGCCGUUAAAUCAUUUUAGAGGGAACCUUUUUAGCUGCGCGCCUUGUUUCCACACGGACUACUGUCAAGCCGGGACCGUAAAUACACCGUCGUAGCUGCUCCUGCGCCCCGGUAGAGGGAAACGAUGACGGAUCAAUAAAGAAAAUCACAGUUUUCAAUGAAACAAAUAUUGUUUUCACUCGACGUGGAAGCAGAGCCGCUACGUUUGCCGGUUCCGGUGUGAUUAAGACUCAGUGAUGGAUUCUUGUCGGCGGACCGGACUCAGCGGGGUCCUGUGCUCCCUGUCCCUGCUGUGUGUCAUCCUGGACAUCCAGCUGGACGGGGUCUUGGGGGCAACUCAUGUUGAGAUCGAGCACCACUUGGAGAUGGGCCGCAAACUUUUGGCUGCUGGUCAGCUGGCUGAAGCCUUGUCCCACUACCACUCAGCUGUGGAGGGAGACUCUAAGAAUUACCUGACGUACUACAAGCGAGCCGCCGUGUUCCUGGCUAUGGGAAAAUCCAAAUCUGCCCUGCCAGACCUGACCAAGGCCAUCCAGCUCAAGCCUGACUUCCUGGCUGCAAGGUUGCAAAGAGGGAAUAUCCUGUUGAAGCAGGGCAACACACAGCAGGCCAGGGAGGACUUUGAAGCAGUGCUGCAGCGCUCCCCAGACCACGAAGAAGCUCACGACCAGCUGACGAGAGCCAACGAGCUGGAGGAGCUGCAGGAGGAGGCCCAUGCUACCUACCACCAAGGGGACUAUAGCACUACCAUCAGCGUGCUAGAGCGAGUCGUUGAGAUCUCGCCUUGGGAUCCUGAGUCACGGGAGCUUCGUGCAGAAUGUUACAUCCGAAUGGGAGAUCCGCAGAAAGCCAUCCAGGAUCUGACGCCGACCACGAGGCUGCGCAACGACAACCGCGCGGCCUUCCUGAAGCUGAGCAUGCUGCACUACAGCCUCGGAGAGCACCACGAGUCACUCAAUCACAUCCGAGAGUGUCUGAGGCUGGACCAGGAUGACAAAGAGUGUUUCAGCCACUACAAGCAAGUGAAAAAGCUCAGCAAGCAGCUGGACGUGGCAGAAGAGCUAAUUCAAAUGGAGAGGUAUCAGGAAGCCAUUGAUAAGUAUGAAUCAGUGAUGAAGACAGAACCUAAUGUCCCGUACUACACCAACCUGGCCAAAGAGAGGAUCUGCUUCUGCUUAGUUAAGAUAAAGCUGGCUCUGGAGGCGAUUGACAUGUGUUCAGAAGCUCACCAGAGAGAUCCCCGCAACGCCAACGUGCUCCGAGACCGAGCCGAGGCUUACAUCCUCAACCAGGAGUACGAGAAAGCCGUGGAGGACUACCAAGAGGCAAAAGAGUUUGACAGCGACAGUGUCGACAUCAAAGAAGGGCUGGAACGAGCACAGAAACUACUGAAAAUCUCUCUUAAGAGGGACUACUACAAGAUCCUCGGUGUCAACAGGAAUGCAAAUAAGCAGGAGAUCAUCAAGGCGUACAGGAAGCUGGCACAGCAGUGGCACCCUGACAACUUCCAGUCCGAGACCGAGAAGAAAGAAGCGGAAAAGAAGUUUAUUGACAUUGCGUCAGCUAAAGAGGUCCUCACUGAUCCAGAAAUGAGGCAGAAGUUUGACGCAGGUGAGGAUCCCCUGGAUCCGGAAAACCAGCAAGGUGGAGGUGGAGGACAGGGCUGGCCUUUCCACUUCGAUCCCUUUCAGUCUGGCGGCAGCUUCCACUUCAAGUUCCACCAAAACUAGAAAGGAGGACUUGACGAACACGGGGGGAGGAUAGAUGGGACACUGGGGGAAGAUCGGUGGAGGAUUUAUGGAGAUGUCUUCUUCAGCACUGUGCUUCAGCUUGGGCACAGUUUCAUCAGUUACUUGAACCUUAGAAUUCUCUGCGCGCACAGCGGAGGCUUCAGCUGUACAGUGAGAAAAUCAGGACUUCCUACCACAAAAACUAAGGACCUAACUGGCUGCUCUUAAAUGAAUUUGUCGCUGUGGUAGAAGAAAAUUAAGUCUUGCAUCAACACUUAUGGAUGGAAAGAUGUUGGUUGAAAGCAGCCGAUGUGGGACAUUUGGGUUUCUGCUCUUAUUACUCAUUUAUUUCUUUGUGCCAUUCUUUGAACCUUUUAUCAAGGGACUUUUAAUACAGUAGCUCCUGCUUGGACAUUACAUAGGAGGACUGUGCCUGCAGUUGGGCUCUGCCUGCAGUAUUCUUUAAAGGUGCAAUGUGUAAGAUUUGGCCAGAAGUUUAGUUUAAAACAUUUUUAAAAAAUGAACUAAAAUCAUCAACACAAUGUGAAGAACAGUCACAAGAUGUUCGUUGUGUUGCAAAAAUAUCUGCUGGAGUUAGCACCUGCUAACCAGCUAGCCCUGACCCGUCCAGUCUCAUAAAAUCAAUUGUGCCUCUAUCGAUGUCGAUAGUCUGAUAGUAUAGCUCUGGUCUCCCACGUAGCUACAGCUGGGAGAUGUGUGCGAGCUGCGAAUUCGCUUUGCUCUUUGCUUUUUUUGGCUGAUAAACAAAAUUGAAAGGAAAUAUUCUUACAAACUGAAAAAAAUACAACCGUACAACUUCUGAAUUCAAGUGUCUAUUUUACCGAACCAAGACUAGCUUAAUUACCUUGUAAACUGUAAAACACACUUCAGUCAAACUCGACAGAAAAUGACAAAACAAAACUCAUCAAAACUGCCUGUUAAUCUUUCCACUGUUCCAAAAAUCACCAGCUCUGGUUUGUUGGAAAUAAACCCUUAAUACAGAGUUGGAUGUGAAAAUAUUCUAGCUGUACACAAUGUCGCUGCCUCUCUGAUGGCCGACCUCCUUCACGCCCCUCUCCUCUUCCCGCCUGAGCCUGCCGCUAUAAAUCACAGGCUGCUGGAGUAUGAAAGGUGCCCAAAAUCAUGCAGUCUUGCACAUUGCACCUUUUUUUUUAAAAGGAAUCACAUGUUUACUGAUCUCAGUCUAUAUUUUUGACCAUGUCAAAUCUUCUCUGUACUAGAGAACCCAGAUUUUUAUACAUGACUAAUGAUUAAUGGUAAGUAGGUGAGACUUCAGCACUAUUAAAGGAAAACUUGUAGGAGUUAAAGUUUUGAAAUCCUAUGGAUCUUAAAUCGGUGCCGCUCUGUGAUUGUUUUUGAUUUUGUUUUUAAUUCCCUUUUUAUUUUCUACAGAUAUCUAAUCUGAAUAAUGUGUAAAUUCUGUUUUUGGGUGGAUUUAACUUCAUCAGACUAUGUAUCCAGGUGCAAACAUUAUGGAUGCAACUCAUAAUGAAAACUUAUAUUAACAUGGUGAACUGAAAAAAAUCAACUGAUGACUGAAUCAAGAGUCGUAGUAUUUAGCUCUUUCCCCUUUCAAACAUUUCAAAGCACAUCUUUGAAAAUUUGCACUUUUGCCCUUUGUUUGAAAAAACCACUCUGCAUCUUCUCCACUCCUGAACUGUUUCUGUUUUAAAAGCCUUUCAGAGACUCUUUUACAAACCAAGUGUCUUCAACGGCUACCUGAGAGCCUCAUUUACAAAACGGUCUGAACAGAAAAGUUCACACGCUAAAUGCUGUACUGACGAGGAGCUGACAUGGUGCACUGCUUACAGGUGUAGAGAACUGCUGUGACAUAUUGGAUAUAAAUCAGUAUAUUUGGAUAAAAAGGAUGCACUGAGGCACAAUUUGAAAACUAAACCAUUAAAUUGCAACUUUGUAAAUGAGGCUCCAGUUUUACUGCCAGGAAAGACACACAAGACUUCUUUCUUUCUUGAAGAUUUGACUUUUUGAGUACAAACUUAAGUUAUUCUGUCAAUAUUAUCUUAAGGACACACUGACUGUAACAGCUUUGAAUCCUGUCUACUGCCUGGCUGUGUGAACCGAAUGUGACAGGCUCUUUGUAUUUAAAAUCGACUGAGUGUGGCUUGUUUCUGGGUUUUUCUGCUGUUAGUGGCUCCAAUUUUACAGUGGCCAAACUGAAUCAGCUGACAUGCUCAAGCGUAUUAAAAUAUUAAAACAACUGAA